AUGUCGUCCAGUCCGUUUUGCCUCUAUUAUGCUACAUACUCUAUUUGUGCUACCAUGGUCCGCACAACAUUUGCGAUGAGAGGACCCCCAAGAGAGGGGCUGCCCGACAUGGACAUGCGUUUCCAACUUGUCGACAUCAGUCCGGAAAACCCAGAACAGUUGAGCGAGGACUUUCUAUGCAAAGUCAAUCGCGACGGUCAGGUUCCUGUGCUCACAAACGAGCAACAUUUGACCGAGCCGAUGCCUGAGAGUGUGGAUAUUUCUUAUUAUAUUUGCGACUGGUAUCCUCAGCUUUUACCCAAAGAGCAUGAGGCAGUCAUUAGGUCGCUAGUACAGGAACUGCACCAGAUCAACUAUGGCGUCUUGACGUUCGGACCGGGGUCGCGACAUCCUACGCGACUGGUGGCCAAGGUUGAGGAACUACUCGAGCAACCCGGGUUAUCAGAAUCAUAUCGCAGUGCACUGGAACGCAAGGCAAAAAUAUUGCGCGGAAGACAGGGAACGCUGACCGUAGAAAGCCUGGCCAAGCACGAAGCCAAAACUCGAGAGUUGUGCUCCAAAGUGUUGGCUUUGAUGGAGAAACAUGGCAGCGAACCACCACUAUCUAGUCUGUAUAUCUUUGGGGACUCGCCAACUGUGCUUGAUGCACAUAUGCUGCCUUUUCUUUGUCGAGUAGUCGAUGGCAACAGAUCGGAUCUCAUUGAACCGGCCUUGCUCGAUUGGCUGGAGAAGUUUAGAAAGGGCGGUCUUUGGACUGAGAUUGUACCUGGCGGCUCUACGCUUCCUCCGUAUGCUUCUUCAUAG